UGCAGCAACCAAACGAGUGUCUUAUCAAAACAAGGGGAGUUGUUUAUUGGACUUGCACAUUUAAUUUGUCCUAUUUUUUUUACUUUUUUGAAACCAAGGGUAUUAGAAUAAUAGUUGGAAAAAGGAAAGCAAUCAGUAUUUCUAAAAUAUGUCAACAAGUUUAUCAAUUAACUUGAAAAGAGCUAGUAAAGUUUAUCAUGAAGGGGAGACUAUAGCGGGGGUGGUAGUAGUGGACAGUAGCAGUGAGGCGCGACACGAGGGCCUGGCGCUGCAGCUGGAGGGAUGCGUCAGUCUGCAGUUCAGCACCAAGAAUCAGGGCAUCCUUGACGCAUUCUCCAAUAAUAUCAGGCCAAUAAACCUAAUAAGCAGUGCAAUCGAGCUGGCGGCGGCGGGGCGCGUGCCUGGCGGCUCUACCGCCAUCCCCUUCGAGCUGCCGCUGACGCCGCGCCGCCCCGCGGGCGCCUCAGCUGCGCCUGCGCUGCUCGAGACCUACCACGGCGUCUUCGUCAACGUCAUGUACACGCUCAAGGCCACCAUGAAGCGAUCGUUCCUCAACAAGCCCCUCGUAGCCAGCUGCCAGUUCUUUGUGCAGUAUAGACCACAAGCCCCGCCGCCAGCCAAGCCGGUCCGCUGCGAGAUCACGCCGGCCACGCUGCGGCCGGGCGGCGGCGCACGCGCACUCAUGCCCAGCUUCCACAUCUACGCAGAAAUCGACUCCACAGUCUGCGCGCUGGACAAACCCAUCACUGGACUGUUAUUGUUAUGCAGAUCCGUGUGGACGAGUGUUCGGUGCCGAUCAAGUCCAUCGAGCUGCAGCUGGUGCGCGUCGAGACCUGUGGUGCAGCGGAGGGGUAUUCGCGGGACGCGACGGAGAUCCAGAACAUCCAGGUGGGCGCGGGCGACGUGCGCCGCGGGCGGCCGCUGCCGCUGCACAUGGUGCUGCCGAGGCUCUUCACUUGCCCCACCACCGCCACGCACAACUUCAAGAUAGAGUUCGAGCUGAACAUCGCCGUGAUAUUUGAAGACGAUUAUUUAGUAACCGAAAACUUUCCAAUAUUACUGUUAAGAAGUAGAUAGUUUUAAAUGUACAUUUAUAUAUAAAUUUAAAGAG